UUAGAUCAGUGUUCAUUAGAACAUCUGUAGAAACACAUACACACUCUCUUUGCUGUCAGCCUCCUGCUUGCCACAGUCAUAGUGGGCAGUCAGUGAAUCUUUCCCGAGUGCUGACAUUUAAUACCCGGUUUAGCAGCAAAGAUUCAGAGAGGGGUAAGCAGCCCCUCUGGCCUUCAGAAUAGGGAAGAAGGGGAGCUGUAUUCAGGAAGGUUCUCUGCUUCCCUAAAAGAACUCUAAAAACAGAAAUAAACGCAGUAAAGAAAACAAAGGACCUUUAAGUGGCACUUACAAAAGUCUAGUAACUGUAUUUCCAUUUACUAAAAGUAGGAAUGGUAAAAAUCGCUAUCACGCAACUUCUCUCCUGCACUCUAGGUAUUCAGGGACUCGUCUUUUGGUUCUGCAAGACAGUCACUGCUUUUGUAACCUCGCAACCCGCUUCCACUCCCUGCCCCAGCAACCCAAGGAGCCUCAGCGGUUCAAUUCUGAGUUGCGCUCCAAAGCGUCCAGGCAGGAGUCCGUAACGACACCUCUGCCGCGGCGUCCUUCAGACUGCGGUUUCCAGAUAAAAGAUCAACCCACGAUUAGAAAAUAUGUCACUGCAGAUGGUAACAGUCAGUAACAACAUGGCCUUAAUUCAACCAGGCUUCUCACUGAUGAAUUUUGAUGGGCAAGUUUUCUUCUUUGGCCAAAAAGGCUGGCCCAAGAGAUCCUGCCCCACUGGAGUUUUCCAUUUUGAUGUAAAGCAUAACCAUCUCAAACUGAAACCUGCAGUUUUCUCUAAGGAUUCCUGCUACCUUCCUCCUCUUCGCUACCCAGCCACGUGCAUGGUCAAAGGUAGCUUGGAGUCUGAAAAGCAUCAGUAUAUCAUCCACGGAGGGAAAACACCAAACAAUGAGCUUUCAGAUAAGAUUUAUGUCAUGUCUGUUGUUUGCAAGAACAACAAAAAAGUUACUUUUCGCUGCACGGAGAAAGACUUGGUAGGAGAUGUUCCUGAAGCCAGAUAUGGUCAUUCUGUUGAUGUGGUGUAUAGUCGAGGGAAAAGUAUGGGUGUUCUCUUUGGAGGACGGUCAUACAUGCCUUCUACCCAAAGAAUCACAGAAAAAUGGAAUAGUGUAGCUGACUGCCUGCCCCAUGUUUUCCUAGUGGAUUUUGAAUUUGGGUGUGCUACAUCAUAUAUUCUUCCAGAACUUCAGGAUGGGCUAUCUUUUCAUGUCUCUAUUGCCAGAAACGAUACCAUCUAUAUUUUAGGAGGACAUUCACUUUCCAAUAACAUCCGCCCUGCCAACCUGUACAGAAUAAGGGUUGACCUUCCCUUGGGUAGCCCAGCUAUUAAUUGCACAGUCUUACCAGGAGGGAUCUCUGUCUCCAGUGCAAUCCUGACUCAAAUUAACAAUGAUGAAUUUGUUAUUGUUGGUGGCUAUCAGCUUGAAAAUCAAAAAAGAAUGAUCUGCAACAUUGUCUCUUUAGAGGACAACAAAAUAGAAAUUCGUGAGAUGGAGACCCCAGAUUGGACCCCAGACAUUAAACACAGCAAGAUAUGGUUUGGAAGCAAUAUGGGAAAUGGAACUAUUUUCCUUGGUAUACCAGGAGACAAUAAACAAGCUGUUUCAGAAGCAUUCUAUUUCUAUAUGUUGAAAUGUGCUGAAGACGAUGUGAAUGAAGAUCAGAAAACAUUCACAAAUAGUCAGACAUCAACAGAAGAUCCAGGGGACUCUACUCCCUUUGAAGACUCAGAAGAAUUUUGCUUCAGUGCAGAAGCAUGUAGUUUUGAUGGUGAUGAUGAAUUUGACACCUAUAAUGAAGAUGAUGAGGAAGAUGAGUCUGAGACAGGCUACUGGAUUACAUGCUGCCCUACUUGUGAGGUGGAUAUCAACACUUGGGUACCAUUCUAUUCAACUGAGCUCAACAAACCUGCCAUGAUCUACUGUUCCCAUGGAGAUGGGCACUGGGUCCAUGCCCAGUGCAUGGAUCUGGCAGAACGCACACUCAUCCAUCUGUCAGCAGGAAGCAACAAGUAUUACUGCAAUGAGCAUGUGGGGAUUGCAAGAGCACUACAAACCCCCAAAAGAGUCCUACCCUUAAAAAAGCCUCCAAUGAAAUCCCUCCGUAAAAAAGGUUCUGGGAAAAUCUUGACUCCUGCCAAGAAAUCCUUUCUUAGAAGGUUGUUUGAUUAGUUUUGCAAAAGCCUUUCAGAUUCAAGUGCAUUGAAUUUUUUAUCUAUUUUAAAGAAUCAUAACGAUGAUAAAAAAUUAUGUCCCUGUUUUUGUUUAUUAAAAAUGCCUAUGUUUUCUUUUAAUUAAGUGCCAGGUGAAAAUGCUUAUAAUGCAGUGCUAAAUUAGAACUGAUACAUUUUGAAAAUAUUUUACUCAAAUAAUCUACUCAUUUAUUCUUAUAUGAGAAUUUCUGUUCUGAUUUUUCAUUCAAGAAAUCUUAAACACAAGUAGUAAUAAUAAUCAAAGUCUGUUAACACUCCUUAUGUGAUUUUUGGUAACAACCUAUAGAGUAGUUAAGAUGAAUUUAACCAAUAAAGAAACUAAAACCCAAAGUAAUUAAAUUAAUUAUUUUGUGCAAUAUAACAAUUUGGUGGUUAGCCAAAACUUAAAACCAAGAUUAACUACAUCCCAUACUAGUCCUCUUCAUACACCUCAAAGCAGCCCCUUGAAUUAUGCCCAUGAACAGAACAAGUUAGUUCCUUAUAGCUUUUACAUAUACAUGUAUAUAUA